UUUCAAUCGAAAUAAAGGAUGUACCGUUGGCCUUCCUUUCUCUUGUCAGCAGGAUCAGCCAAUGUCCUCGUGUGUAAGGUCCUUCUUGUUAGUAUAGAUGAUUGGAUGUUGUUCCUAGAGAAACAUAUGUUUUGUGUAGGUUUUCAACUUUUCAGGUAUACUAGGUUUUUUGCACAACAAAAUAAAGUAUUAUUUUAUUAAAUUCCCAUCUUGUAUGGUGUUGACAAGAACAAUAAGUUUUCUUUUUCUUCUAUUUUCAACAUAUGCAUGUACUCGCCAAGUCUUCUCCAUCUUCAGGUUUUCAAAUGUAGCUCCUGUCUUUAGAAAUGGUUCUCCCAUCUUUAUUCUGCUCCUCUACAUCACCAUCUGUUCUUUUGUCUUUUGAGACAACUUUUGAAUUUUUAUGCAGCAAAUGUUGCAAACUUUUGUAUGAAAAAUGUAGUGUUGGGAUGCCUUUUUGUACAUUUGUGUUGUAGUUAAGUUUUCAAUUAUGUUAUUAGUAUUCAAUUCCUAGUGAUAUCUUCCAUGUCUUUGUUCAUCUGUGUUUUGAAAAGGUUCUUCGUUAAUCUGUGUUUUCUAAUGCUUGUGCAAGUCUCUCUACUUUUUCUUUCCUAAUUUAAUUUAAUAAAUAAUUUUCUCUUAUUAAUUAUUCUAGUGCUGCUUUUGACUGCAGAUGGUGGAAUAUUUUAACAGAAAGGCUAAUAUUUCAGGCCAAGCCCCUCUUGGUAGCUUUAAUGUAGCAUUCAGUUUCACUGGUGCAAAGCAUUUAGAUGCUACUACUACAAAGACACUUUGUAUGGAUGGAUAUUUCAUACCACUUGCUAGGCUUCAACUCAUGAACUCACAGCUAGUAUUACAGGAAAGUGUUAGAAGAGCUGUCCCACCAUCAUGGGACCCACCUGCAUUAGCAAACUUCGUUGAAAAUUUUGGGACUCACAUAAUUACAUCUGUAACUAUCGGUGGUAAAGAUGUAAUUUAUGUUAAACAGUACCUUUCAUCACCUCUGUCGACAAUGGAAAUAAAAAAUUUUGUUCAUGAUAUUGGAAAUCAGAGGUUCUCCAGCACAGAAAGCCUUACAAGUUCAGGUUUAUUGAGAUACAAGGAUAAGUCUAGCGAUCCGUCGAUAUUCAAUAGCCGAGGGAUAUAUCCGCAGCCCACUAAUGCUCGAUAUAUUGCUGGAAAUGGGAAAGAGUCUGUUGAUCGUGAUGCAAAAUCAUCAUUUGCGGUUUAUUCCUGA